AAGUUAUUACCUGAACGGUAGUGGGGUAACGGGUAGGUACCUAGCCCGGGUACCUAGCUCAAGCUCUAAGUCGGCAUUGAGACCCUAUCAACCUCCGAUCCAAUCCGGAGCAGCAAUUGUUCCAUCGAUAAGACAUCGUUAUCCGUCGUUUUCUUCACUACUUGUCGCUAACAACUCCGGGCUGUUUAUAAAGAUUCUGCCUUCUGCCAUCUCACGAUACCUACCUCGUCCUCCACAUGUUAUGAAGGGCUCCAGAUCUACCUGCCUGCUGUGUCGCCGCUUAGCAGCAAAUUCCCAUGGCGCAGGCUCAAGAGCAGGGAAAUGGCAAACCCACGCAUCGCGAUUUUCGACCACAGCCACCUCACGAAGCGACGACCCCACGAUCGCUUCAACGACUCCAACCUCCAAUGCGCCUCUCCCCUCAGAGGUGGCAGUCGACACGUCAGGACUGGGCAAAACUCGGAGAGUAGUGCAAAAUGACCACAUGAGCACUUCCAACAUAAAAUUGAUUCAGAACAAAUCCAGAAAGGUCUCAGCUGGCGACUCAGCUCGGGUAGACGCCUUGUUCCAACAGAUCGUCCACAAGCAAACUGCAGACAAAGAUGCGCCAGCUAGGGCAAAACAAACAAAUCCCAAUAUGGAUCCCAAUAUGGACUUGGCUCUCGUCCAGGCCAUAAGGAAGCUAGAGCUCAUGGUAGAAAAGGACGAGUCCGAGGCAGACGCAUAUGCCUACCUCAAAUCAGAGAUAUACCCGUUACUUCAAGAACCAGGCGUAACCACACCUAAUAUUUUCUAUAAGGUAGUGUCGAGGAUGAUGGAAAAAGUUGUUGCUGCGAAGAAGAAGUCGAUGCGUUCACUUGAGCUACCAACGGUUGCCGACAUCUUUCGAGUUUACACAGAUAUUGGCGACAUGAACCCUCCGCGAUGGGCUGCACUCGUAGGAGAAUUGGUCCAGAAAAUCAUAGAGAUAGAUCCCUCCGCCGAGGAGCAUGAUCCUGCCAUAGUCGAAGGUGGACUUGCCACCCGCGAUGCCAUGCUCGCGGAUCUUGUCGAAUCCUGGAAAGUUCUCUCUCUACCCAAAACUACACCUAUGGCGCCUAAUGAUGAACUGACGGAUGGGUUCUGGUUCCCGAGAAUCGAUAGGUUCUCUCUGAAUAAGUUUUCAGGUCGGGGAAACUUCCCUGCGGCUUUGAGUAGUAUUUUCCCACAAUAUUCUCCACACUAUCUCGGUGCUCCCGUGGCUAUCUUAGCCAUUGCCACAUAUGCUUUGUUGCUCGACGUCCAACGAAGCAAUCUUAGUGUGAGACAGAGCGCUGCUCGUUUUGUCUCUAAAAUAGCCUAUCUCAUCUCUUUUGUGAAUUUCCAAGAUGAGGCCUUGCAGAAACUCUCAAGCACCUCCCCGGUCAUUGGAGAUUAUGUUAUGGCGCGGUGGCCCGACAUCAAGGCGCAGCUAAAAGACAGAAUCGAAUCGAUGGCGACGUCUGCUGCAAACGCAGAAUUCAAUAAACCCUCAUAUUCGGCCAGUCACGGCAGAAUCAAUCUGGCUUACACGAAAACUAAUCUCAACCAUGCAUACUUAACCCGGAACACUAGCGAGCUAGACAAGACUUGGCAAAGUUUUGCAGGGUCCGAGAAAGAUAUUUCUUUGGAGAAGGCUGCCGAGCUUCGAACGUUCCCCGACCUUUUCGACUUUUUCAUUCAUGCUCGGAUGGCCUUGAACCAGCCCGAUCAUGCCAUCGCCGCGUUAAAUACUCUGCGCAAAGUCGGGCUUAGACCGACGAUGAAGACGUGGAACAGCAUGCUCGACGGUUGUAAGAAGGCUCGCAACCUCAACGGCAUCAAGAAUGUGUGGGCAAAGCUUGCGGGGUCAGGAAUGAAGCUGGAUACGAAGCUAUGGACCACUCGUAUAGCCGGGCUCAUCGAAUGUGGUGAUUUCGAGGGCGGAAUAAGAGCCCUAGAGGAGAUGACGAAAUUGUGGAACAGUAGCUCGAAAGACGAGAAUACCACAGCUGUCGAACCGACUAUAGAACCUGUCAAUGCUGCCCUCAAUGGUCUAGUACGUCAGAACCAAGUCCCCGCUGCCGAAAGUCUCCUAGCUUGGGCGGGUCGGCAAGGUAUCAAACCUGAUAUCUUCACCUACAAUAUCCUAUUAGGCCGCUUCGUUCGGGAGGGAAGGACUGAGGAUGUGCAGCGAGUAUUUACUAUGAUGCAGGCCGCCGGCGUUCCUGCGGACGAAGGGACAUUUACAGCAGUGCUGAACGGAGCGUUUACUACGAUAGAUCCGGAUGACGUGGAAGGACAAACGAGAACGGUGAUAAAUAUGCUCGAUCGCAUGAAAGCGGUCGGGCUGGAACCGAACUUACAGACAUACGGCAAGAUAAUCUAUGGCCUCCUCCAGAACGGCGACCAGACUAGCAAUGGCAUCAAGGCCGUGCUAGCUCACCUAUGGGGCAACGACUACGAGCUCUCGCCACAAAUCUACACGAUGCUGGUGGAAUAUUACUUCUCACGCAACCCCCCCGACCUAGACGCUGUCGACUCGCUAUUGCGGCGCCGCCUCGUGCUUAAAUACGGUAACGUGGAAGACAAUGUCUUAAACGACCGCAUCAUCAAGGGUUACGCACUAGCCGGCCAGCCCUCCAAGGCCCUCGAGUAUUAUUACAAGAUUAGCGCCGCCGGCGCCACUGUCAUCCUACCUACACAGAUAGAGCUGCUACAUUCGCUGCUCCGCGACGGCCGCGUCGACGACGCGCGCGACAUGGUCACCAAUACUAGGAGGCUGUUUGAAGAGUCGGACAGCGCCUCCGACCAAGCAGAGAGCGCCCGGUUCUGGGGCCAUCGCUUCUGGCAACUGGCUUUUUCGAACGGCCUCAUCCAGGAGGAAGAUGCUACUGCCAUCGCCGCCGCCGCCGCCCGUGCUUCUUCCCAGAUUGGUGAGACUUAGCCUAGCAGCCUGUAUAGGUAGAGUGUACAUAGGUAAAUAUUGCAUGUAAAUGGCUUAGGCAUGGAUCUCGGGGCAUGACGUGCAGACUUGGCUGAAAACUUUGUGGCACAUGCUAUAAAUGAAUAAAAUGACGCGUUCAAAAU